GGGACGUUUACUCUUUCAUGUUUGAAUUUCAGAAAGAAACGACUAUUGUUUCAUAUGUACCAAAGAAGAGUAGAAAUGUUCUUCUGCUCUCAACAAUGCAUAACGAUAAUGCAAUAGACGAUGUUUCGAGACUACUGGAGAAUCAAAGAAACCCGAAAUAAUAACUUUCUAUAAUAUAACGAAAGGAGCUGUUGGCGUUGUCGACCAAAUGGCUGCAACAUAUUCAACAACUAAAAAAAACAAAUCGAUGGCCUAUGAUGAUAUUUUAUGCAAUGUUGAAUGUAGCUGCUAUAAAUGCAUGCGUUAAUUUGCUAUCCACUGAGGAACCACCAACUCAGAAUCGAACACGACGUUCUUUUCUGAAAGUUUGGGAUUUAAAGUAAUCGAAGACUACAAAAAGAUCAGAAGCCAGCAAACAAUGCUCCUGCAAAGUUUGAGAGUAAAACUGGUAAAGAAUGAGGACUCUCAACCAUCUGCUAAGAAGGCAAAAGUAAUAAUUAAAAGAUGUGCUGAAUGUGGAUCUAAAAAGAACAGAAAAACAAAAUAUAUUUGUGAAAAAUGUCAAAAAUAUGUAUGUAUGGAACAUAUGGCAUGUAUUUGCAGGAAAUUUACAGAAUAAUUAAUGACUCGUAAAAAAUUAAUUGAAAAUGAAGACAAAAUAUCUUUACCUUCAUCAUCAGAGGAUGAACUACUGUUUGCAGGUAAUAGUAGUGAUGAUGAUAUUUCAUCUGAAGAUGAUUCUAAAGGAGAAUCUUCUGACUCUGAUGGUGCUCCUGAAAUGGUAUCUUUUAAAUCCGCACUUGAAAACUCAAAGUUACUAAGAAAGCAUACUGCUGAAGUAAUAAAAACUCAAAAAGAAGAACGGAAAAGGAAGAGGAAAGAAAUCCAGGCUAAAAAUUUAUUACAAAAAGAAGAAAAGAAGCAGGCUAUUCAACAGAAAAAGUUACCUGAUGAUGUUUUAGAAAAUUUAGAAGACCACUCUGUUCUGAAACCUAAAGACUUAUCUUUUGAAAAUGAACCAGAUAAUUUUGAAGUAGAAAAUUACGAAGAAAGUGGGCUUGAAAAAAGUACAGAAAAUCCAGGUGAUGAGGAUACAGUUGCAGUUCAUGGCCCUACAGUGUUCAAAUGCAAAAUUCUAUCUAAAGAAUCAAAGAAGCCAAAACGUGUUUUUGAAGAAGCAAUGAGUUUUAAAGAAAGGACACUAUUUGAUGGUCGUAUUCGUCGUGAAAAAAGUUCUCGAGAGGCCAUGUUAAAAAUUUCAAAGCAAAUUGCUGGAGGUCGUAGAAAAGCUUGUUAAAUUUUUCAUUGUUGUAAAAUAAAUGUACUUACUUUUU